GUCACGUGCAGCAGCUCCCUCCCGCCUCGAACGAGAAAAAAACACUCCCCCACUUCUGGCUUUUUGGCCCAACUGUGGACUAAAACAGAGGGAGAGCUUUCUUCGUUCCCUUUAUAGCACCCCGCCUCUGAUUUGAUUUCACUCCAGCUGCCACUUGCACUCCAACCUGCGUAAGUUCCCAGAAACCAUCCCGCUGUCACACACCCAUUUGGCAUCAUCAUCGAGACCCCCCGUUUUUCGACGCCUUUUCUUCGUUUUCUUUUCCCCCGUCUUGUUCCUCCUUGCUUUACUCUUCUGCUUCUGUUAGUUGAAAGCUCCCCCGUCUCCCCAAUUCCCUUUCAAUCUUAUUUUCCCGUUUUCCCGCCCCUUUUUUUUUUACCGUCUCUUAGUUGCUCUUAGACGCUCUUUUGGGGGGGACAAGUUCUAAAGAGGCGCUCGGACGAAUCUCCCGCAUUAAACCCCCUCAUCGCUAACAGGAGAACCUUCAUCAGCUCAUCACCCCUCCUUUUUUCCUCUACACCGCAGCUCAGCAACCAAGUCGCAAAAAUGUCUCAAUCAGGAGCCAAGGUUUCCCCCGAGGUCUCGGAGGCAUUCCAGAACCUGAAGCGCAGCAACGACAAGAACAGAGUGCUGCGAUACAUCAUCUUCAAGCUGUCCGACGACUACUCCCAGAUCGAGGUCGAGCACGCCGAGGCCGACAGCGACUGGGAGAACUUCCGUGAGAAGCUCCUCAACGCCACCUCCAAGAGCAAGACUGGUGCUGUUGGCAAGGGACCCCGCUACGCUGUCUACGACUUUGGCUUCAAGUUUGACGGCCGAGACAUCAACAAGAUCAUUCUCAUUGCCUGGUCUCCCGAUGAUGCCGGUGUCCACCCCAAGAUGAUCUACGCCGCCUCCAAGGAGGCUCUCAAGCGAUCCCUCGAGGGCUUCGCCUAUGAGCUCCAGGCCAACGACUCUGACGACCUUGAGCACAGCUCCAUCCUCAACGCCGUCCUUGCCAAGAUGAACGCAUAAGCGAACCACGCCCGCGACAAUGUAAUCCAAGUGUUAAGGAGGAAAGAGGGAUAGCUACGAAAGUGGGAAGUAAAAGAAGGGAGGCACCGCCGUGUACUUCGUUUAGAAUGGGAGUGAUGCAAAGGGGGAACUGUGUUUAUUCGAUGGAUAGGCAUAGGUAAUUUUUCAGAUGUGCUAGCGCUACAGAUGAUGAUUCAUACCGUACUCAAGGGAAAAAAAAUCGGACUCGUCUUUCGAACUCAAGGUGUGGGAAUGUGUAUGCACCGGUGAAAUCAGUUUUGCUACAUGGACGAAAAUGAAAGAAAAGUAUGCUCUAUUAAGAAAAGAAGAUGCUAAAAGGAGACCCAAUAUUUUCUCAUACCACGCCCCGUUGUAGAUUUUAAGAACUUGAUUUGCUUGCCUGCCAGCUCGAUCUAAACAAGUUCACUAGCUCUUCGCCCUUGCCCUGAGCCUUGAGCCGCUGCUGCAAGAAGCCCUUGAGAUCCGCCCAGAACGCCUCCGCCUCAAGCUCCGCCUCCACCGUCGCCUCAUCCGCCUGGGCCGUCGAAACAGGCACGUCGUCAGCCAUCUCCUCGGGCGGCGGAAUCGCCGCCGCGCCGCCAAUCACCAUGACGGAAAACUCAAUCGUCCUGUCGGCUUCGCUCGCGCGCAGCUCCUUGAGCACCUUGCUGUCCACGACGGGCCGCUUGUUGAGCAGCAGCUUCAUCUUGUCAAUGGGGAUGCGCGUCUGCUCCUGCACGGCGGCCUUGACGUCGAGGACGGACGUGCUGAGCGGCAGGGCGGGGAGGGUGAUGUCGAGGGGCGGGUUGCGCAGGGACUUGAGGGAGAUGGUUAUGCUCGGUUCUUGGCCGGGGGCGGAGCGGGCGAACGGUUUGGACAUGGGCGUUGGCAUGCGGGGGAGGAUGUACUGCAGAUAUUUUUAUCAGAAUUAGGUAUUUUGACUUCAUUAUUGAUGUGAGGGUUUGGAAACACGUACGGGAGGUCGAGGGGGAAAUGUCUUGGGGUCCUCGAUGUGGUCUGGAGAGAGCUUGAUGGGACGGGAGUCGAGCGACGUGAGAAACGUCUUUGCGAAAGCGACUUCAGCCAUCGUGAGCGUAUUAAAUUGGUUCUUUUCCGACUUUCAACAAGAUUGAGUAACUAAAGCAGGUAUGCGACGUGGCUAUUGCUUUCGAUGAUCGUGUCGUCGCAAGGGAAUGAGGAGAGGGGUUGGCGGGGUGCUUUGUUUUGCUCUACUCUACGAGUUUGGCCUUUGCUGAGUGCUUCAAGGGCUGAAGACGUGUCGUUUCGAAUAUGGAAGGCGUUCGAUAUUAAAAAAAAAAAAAAAAAAAAAAAAAAAAAGGACAGAUCCAGUGGGUAGAAUCUAUGAAAAGCUGUUCUCCAGAAUGAGACUCGUCGUUGGAGCUUAGACAAGUACAAAGGUACACGGUCGAUGACACUGAAGCUUGGGAGCUCGGAAAGCUGAAUCACGUGGGAUCGACUCAAAACCCCGCCACCAUCCAACACAGCACCAGGCAAGGCAACGGCCAGCUCCCGAGACAAAGCUGCCGUUAUAAGACAAUUCACGUCAUGUUGUUAUUAAACAGCCAUCACGCUUAAAAGAUAGGAGAGAAGAGACGUGUCUUGAAACAAGCAAUAAACACUCGCACUCUUGACAUUUACACACUAGCAAUUAAACCAUCUCUCCCAACCAACCAACCAAGUAGUUCAUCCAUAAUCCCAUUUCAUAAUCCGUCAUUUCGUCAUAAAAAAACUCUCUACCGGCGAUUUUGCACGCCGUGACCGUGGUUUUUUUUUUCUCUAUUCGCGAUAUUUUUCCCAUGAUAAAUAUUGCCCUCCAAGUCGUUAAUUUCGCGCCUGAGUCCGUCGUCGAACCAAAUACAGCUCCUUCCCUCAAACGCCCUAAAGACUGAAAAAAAAAAAAAAAAGAAUAAAAGAGCAAACAGAAUAACGAGCAAACGAUAAAAACAAACAAGCAACGCUGUAUCCUCUUAAGCCCCUGCCCUCUCAGAUACAUCUUCGCUGGGGAUAAAAUCAGUCGUAUUAAAAACAUGUAAUGCAAAGCCGAUAGAUAGCAGCAGAACAAAGACAGCGACAGCAAAAUAGAAGAGAAGAUGAAAGAUUAAAAUCAUAAUACAUCC